AGCAGUCUCAAGAAACACCAGAUUGUCCACACAGGAGAAAAGCCAUAUCAGUGCACUGACUGCGGAAAGAGUUUUAGUCAAAUGAGCAGUCUCAAGGCACACCAGAGUAUCCACACAGGAGAAAAGCCAUAUCAGUGCACUACAUGUGGGAAAAGUUUCAGGACUAAGAUAGAGGUCACCUUACAUCCGCACACACAUACAGAAGAAAAGCCAUAUCAGUGCACUGACUGCGGAAAGGGUUUUAGUCAAAUGAGCAGUCUCAAGGCACACCAGAGUAUCCAUACAGGAAAAAAGCCAUAUCAGUGCACUGACUGUGGAAAGGCUUUUAGUCAAAUUGGCAAUCUCAAGGCACACCAGAGUAUCCAUACUGGGGAAAAGCCAUAUCCGUGCCCUACAUGUGGGAAAAGUUUAAGGACUAAGAGAGAGGUGACCAUCCAUCAGCGCACACAUACAGGAGAAAAGCCAUAUCAGUGCACUGACUGUGGGAAGGGUUUUAGUCAAAUUGGCAAUCUCAAGAGACACCAGAGUAUCCAUACUGGAGAAAAGCCAUAUCAGUGCACUACAUGUGGGAAAAGUUUCAGGACUAAGAUAGAGGUCACCUUCCAUCAGCACACACAUACAGAAGAAAAGCCAUAUCAGUGCACUGACUGUGGAAAGGGUUUUAGUCAAAUGAGCCAUCUCAAGGCACACCAGAGUAUCCAUACAGGGGAAAAGCCAUAUCAGUGCACUACAUGUGGAAAAAGUUUCAGGACUAAGACAGAUGUCACUGUCCAUCAGCGCACACAUACAGGAGAAAAGCCAUAUCAGUGCAUUGACUGCGGAAAGGGUUUUAGUCAAAUGAGCAAUCUCAAGAGACACCAAAUGAUCCACCAGACCAUCCACACAGGAGAAAAGCCAUAUCAGUGCACUACAUGUGGGAAGAGUUUCAAGACAAAGGCGAAGGUCACCAUCCAUCAGCGCACACAUACUGGAGAAAAGCCAUAUCAGUGUACUUACUGUGGAAAGACUUUUCGACAAACAUCUGUCCUCAAGAAACACCAGAGGAUCCAUACUGGGGAAAAGCCAUAUCAGUGUACUUACUGUGGAAAGACUUUUCGACAAACAUCUGUCCUCAAGAGACACCAGAGGAUCCAUACUGGUGAAGAGCCAUAUCAGUGUACUACAUGUGGGAAGAGAUUCAGGGAGAGCAGUUCUCUUACUAAACAUCAGCGCACACAUACAGGAGAAAAGCCAUAUCAGUGCACUGACUGCGGAAAGAGUUUUAGUCAAAUGAGCAGUCUCAAGGCACACCAGAGUAUCCACACAGGAGAAAAGCCAUAUCAGUGCACUGCAUGUGGGAAACGUUUCAGGACUAAGAUAAAGGUCACCUUUCAUCAGCACACACAUACAGAAGAAAAGCCAUAUCAGUGCACUGACUGCGGAAAGGGUUUUAGUCAAAUGAGCAGUCUCAAGGCACACCAGAGUAUCCAUACAGGAAAAAAGCCAUAUCAGUGCACUGCAUGUGGGAAAAGUUUCAGGACUAAGAGAGAGGUGACCAUCCAUCAGCGCACACAUACAGGAGAAAAGCCAUAUCAGUGCACUGACUGUGGGAAGGGUUUUACUCAAAUGAGCAGUCUCAAGAGACACCAGAGUAUUCAUACUGGAGAAAAGCCAUAUCAGUGCACUACAUGUGGAAAAAGUUUCAGGACUAAGAGAGAUGUCACUGUCCAUCAGCGCACACAUACAGGAGAAAAGCCAUAUCAAUGCACUGACUGCGGAAAGGGUUUUAAGUAUAGGAAUCACCUGAAGGCACACCAGACCAUCCACACAGGAGAUAAGCCAUAUCAGUGCAGUGUAUGUGGGAAGACUUUAAGUCGUAGAUCUAUCCUCAAGCUACACCAGAGGACGCAUACUGGAGAAAAGCCAUAUCAGUGCACUGACUGUGGAAAGACUUUUAGUCAUAGAUCUAACCUCAAGAUACACCAGAGGACGCAUACUGGAGAAAAGCCAUAUCAGUGUAAUUACUGUGGAAAGACUUUUCGACAAACUUCUGUCCUCAAGAGACACCAGAGGAUCCAUACUGGUGAAAAGCCAUAUCAGUGUACUACAUGUGGGAAGAGUUUCAGGGAGAGCGGUUCUCUUACUAAACAUCAGCGCACACAUACAGGAGAAAAGCCAUAUUGGUGCACUGACUGUGGAAUGUCUUUUAGUAUAAUGAGCAAUCUCAAGGCACACCAGAGUAUCCACACAGGAGAAAAGCCAUAUCAGUGCAUUGCCUGCGGAAUGGCUUUUAGUAUAAUGAGCAGUCUCAAGGCACACCAGAGUAUCCACACAGGAGAAAAGCCACAUCAGUGCACUGACUGUGGAAAGGGUUUUAUUACUAAGAAAGAGGUCACCAUCCACCAGCGCACACACACAGGAGAAAAGCCAUAUCAGUGCCCUGACUGCGGAAAGGAUUUUAGUCAUAUGUGCAGUCUCAAGAGACACCAGAGUAUCCACACAGGAGAAAAGAAAUAUCAGUGCACUGACUGCGGAAAGGGUUUUAGUCAAAUGUGCAGUCUCAAGAAACACCAGAUUGUCCACACAGGAGAAAAGCAAUAUCAGUGCACUGACUGUGGAAAGGGUUUUAGUCAAAUGAGCAAUCUGAAGAGACACCAGACCAUCCACACAGGAGAACAGCCGUAUCAGUGCAGUGUAUGUGGGAAGAGUUUCAGUGACAGUUUGGGUCUCUCCAUGCAUCAGUUGACACAUAAUGGAGAAAAGCUCUCCCCAUGUCCUCAAUGUGGAAAGACUUUCAAUAGGAUGCAUCAUCUUGAGACUCACCAGAGGACCCACACUGGAGAAAAGCCAUAUCAGUGCACCGACUGUGGAAUGUCUUUUAGUCUUACAUCUAGCCUCAAGAAACACCAGAGGAUCCAUACUGGGGAAAAGCCAUAUCAGUGCACUGACUGUGGAAAGACUUUUCGACAAACAUCUUCUCUCAAGACACACCAGAGGACCCAUACUGGAGAAAGGCCAUAUCAGUGCACUACAUGUGGGAAAAGUUUCAGGACUAAGAGAGAGGUGACCAUCCAUCAGCGCACACAUACAGGAGAUAAAACAUAUCAGUGCACUGACUGUGGAAAGGGUUUUAGUCAAAUGAGCAAUCUCAAGACACACCAGAGUAUCCAUACUGGAGAAAAGCCAUAUCAGUGCACUACAUGUGGGAAAAGUUUCAGGACUAAGAUAGAGGUCACCUUCCAUCAGCACACACAUACAGGAGAAAAGCCAUAUCAGUGCACUGACUGCGGAAAGAGUUUUAGUCAAAUGACCAAUCUCAAGGUACACCAGAGAAUCCACACAGGAGAAAAGCCAUAUCAGUGCACUGACUGCGGAAAGGGUUUUAGUCAAAAGAGCCAUCUCAAGGCACACCAGAGUAUCCAUACUGGGGAAAAGCCAUAUCAGUGCACUACAUGUGGGAAAAGUUUCAAGACUAAGACAGAGGUCACCGUCCAUCAGCGCACACAUACAGGAGAAAAGCCAUAUCAGUGCACUGACUGUGGAAAGGCUUUUAGUCAAAUUAGCAAUCUCAAGAGACACCAGGUGAUCCAUACAUCUUAG